UUGUGAUUGAACAAUUUAUGGAAUACUACAGAGGUCAAGGAAUGGAUUUAUAUUGGAAGGAAAAAUUCAUCUGUCCGAAAGAAGAAGAUUACAAUAUUUUAGCAAUGAGAAAGAGUACUUGGUUAAUUAUAAUGGUGGUAAAAUUAAUGAAACUAUUUUCUACUUAUGAAGAAGAUGUAUUGUCACUAGCAAGUACUUUGGGAUUAUAUCGCCAAAUACAUGAUGAUUAUUGCAAUUUACGUCAUGAUGAGGAUACUAAUGAGAACAGUUAUUGCGAUGAUUUGACUGAAGGAAAAAUGAGUUUCCUAAUUAUUCAUGCGCUUGAGAAACAAUCCUGACGAUAAGAAAAUAAUAAAUAUUUUAAAACAACGAUCGAAGAAUAUUGAAGUAAAACGUUACUGCGUUAAAAUAUUGGAGAGUUACGGCUCAUUUAAGUACACAAAAGAUGUACUUGAUGAAUUGGAAAAAAAGAUGAGAACCGGAAUUGAUCGUUUA